AUGUUUUCAAACAGACGGUCACACUGAUUGACGAAGCCUCAAAAUUUUUUGUUCCUUUUCGGGCUUGCAAAAAUUCUUAAAAUUUUAUAAUUUGUGAUUAGCGUUGCACAGCAAGUUAGUUUAACAGCCCAUAGACGUUGGCGUCCAUAAACCUCCCCACAAACGCGAAAGACGCCAAUCGUAUGUAUUAGCAGAAUGUCCGCCUACAAUCAGAACUUUGUGCCACCAGCCGCCGCCCCUGCGAACGGCAACCAGGGCAGCAGUCUGGUCAACGGUCUGCCCGGAGCAGUCCCGGCAGCAGCACAGCAAUAUCUCCAGCAGAAGCCACAGCUACAGAAAUUCCAGCAGCCACCAGUCCCGUAUCCAGGGAGCAGCAACAGCAGUCAACCGCCGCCGUUGCAGUUCAACAGCAAUAUUGUGAACAAGUUUCUGCCGCCUUCCUCGACGGGUGCCAACAAUGGGGCGCCUCCGCCCAGCACUCUGCCGUCUCAUUUGCGUCCGCCCACCGCCAACGGACCGACGACCCUAACGAAUGGCAGCAACGGAGCGAACAGCGCCAACUCGUCGCGCACCGCCUCGCCAGGACUUAUGAGUGUUCCUCAACAGGGAGGGGCGCCGCCGAUGCCCCAGAAUACCCAAUAUGCGCACGGAGCUCCCCCACCAGCAGCACGACCAAUACAGCCCCAAUCUGUGGCCAGUCUGACGAGCAAUAUGCACCAAAUGAAUCUGAAUCGGACCAAUGGACAACAAUCGGUUAAUACUGCGCCGACGCCGCAGCAGCUGCAGCAGUUGCCACCACAACAGCAGCAGCAGCAUCAGCAGCCGCUAGCGAACCCCAUGACUGGGCCGUUUAUAAGGAACAAGCCCCCCAAUCUGAAUCCUAGUGCGUCGAGAGUGAUCGGCAGUCCACCGACGGGUGGUGCCCAGCCAGUGCCCGUGCCAGCGUCAGGCCAAAGAAUCAUGUACGGUGGCACGACUGCGAGCAAUGAUCAGCAGAACAACAAUCUUCAAAGGGCUGCACCGCCGCCUGGAGCAGGAACCGCCUGGCCGCCAAGUCUCCCAAAGGCAGCAGUGCCUGUAAUUCCGCCCCCAAUGCAGACGCAGCCUCAGGCACAGUUAGCGUCGUUCGCUCCGCCGCAGCCACAACCUCAGGCACAGUCUGCGCCGUUCGCUCCGCCGCAGCUGUAUCAGUAUGGCCAGGCCUGCCAGCAGCCGCUGCAUCAACCGCCGCUACCACAGCAGCAGCAGCAGGCAGCACCGCCCCCUGGCAUGUUCGGAGCUCAGACCAGGAGCACGCCUUUGCAGUACCAGUCGCAGCCACCGCCUCCGUCGAUGCAAACGCAAGGACAGCAUGCCUACGCCCAGCCUCAGCCAACGUCCGGUCCACCGCAGCUUGGCGCACCGGUUCCGUUGAAUGUUGCCCAGCAGGGAUUUAGUCGGCUCUGGGGCCAGGACACCAUCGACCUGAUGCAGAACAGACACAUCCUCUCGCCGGCCACAUUGCCGGCGCCCAAGGUGGUGUUGCACAAUCAGUUCCACGAGUCGAUCAACUGCAGCCCCAGCAUUAUGCGCUGCACCGUUACGAAAAUCCCCGAGACCAAUUCGCUGCUGCAGAAGUCGCGGCUGCCUCUUGGCAUAGUGAUUCAUCCGUUUCGCGAUGUGAACAAUCUGCCCGUGAUACAGUGCAUCAACAUUGUGCGCUGCCGGCUGUGCCGCACGUACAUCAAUCCCUUUGUCUAUUUUGUGGACAGCAAGAUGUGGAAGUGCAACCUCUGCUAUCGCGUGAACGAGUUGCCCGAAGAGUUCCAGUUCGAUCCGGCCACCAAGACCUACGGCGAUGUGACCCGACGGCCAGAAGUGCGCUCCAGCACCAUUGAGUUCAUUGCGCCGUCGGAGUACAUGCUACGUCCACCGCAGCCGGCCAUGUAUCUGUUCCUCUUCGACGUGUCAAUCAUUGCCCAGCAGAGCGGCUACCUGGAGGCGGCCUGUUCGGUGCUCAACCGGCAUUUGGACGAGAUGCCAGGCGAUGCUCGGACUCAGGUGGGCUUCAUCUGCUACGACAGCUUCGUGCACUUCUACAGCAUGGCUGAGGGUCUGAAUCAGCCCCACGAGAUGACGCUGCUGGACAUUGACGAGCCCUUCCUGCCGCGUCCCGACAGCCUCCUGGUGAACCUCAAGGAGUGCAAACAACUGGUGCGAGUUCUCCUCAACCUUCUGCCCAAACGAUUCGGCUACACACAUGAUCCCGGCUCUGCUCUGGGUUCCGCCUUGCAGGUGGCCUUCAAGCUGAUGCAGUCGUCUGGUGGACGCAUCACCGUCUUUCAAGCGUGCCUUCCCAACAAGGGACCCGGCUCUCUAGAGCCGCGCGAGGAUCCCAACAAUCGCUCGGCUAAGGAUGUGGCACACCUGAAUCCGGCCACGGACUUCUACAAGCGCUUUGCGCUAGAGUGCUCUGGCUACCAGAUUGCCUGCGACCUCUUCCUGAUGAACCAGCAGUACAGCGACAUGGCGACCAUUUCUGGCAUCAGCAAACACAGCGGCGGCUGUGUCCACCAUUUCCCGCUGUACCAGAAGACCAAGCAGCAUAUGGUGGACUCGUUCAGGAUGUGCUUCAAGCGCUAUCUGACACGGAAAAUUGGCUUCGAGGCGGUGAUGCGCAUCCGUUGCACUCGCGGCCUGCAGGUUCACACAUUCCACGGCAACUUCUUUGUGCGCUCCACGGAUCUGCUGUCGCUGCCCAACGUUAAUCCGGAUGCGGGCUACGGAAUGCAAAUUUCGUACGAGGAGAGCCUCACCGACGUCAAGACGAUCUGCUUCCAGGCAGCGCUUCUCUACACGAACAGCGAGGGCGAGCGACGCAUUCGGGUGCAUACGGUGUGCCUGCCGGUGACGUCGUCGCUGCCCGAGGUUAUGCACUCCGCCGACACGGAGGCGAUUAUCGGGCUGCUGUCCAAGAUGGCCGUGGAUCGGUCAAUAGCCUCGAAUCUGUCCGAUGCUCGUGACGCCUUCAUCAAUGCAACCAUCGACGUGUUCAAUGCAUUUAAGAUUGCACAAAAUCUGCCCUCCGGACAGUCCGGCCAACUGAUUGCUCCCCGUAGUCUGGCCCUGAUGCCUCUCUACAUCUUAGGGCUGCUCAAGCAUCCUGCUUUCCGUGUGGGAACUAGCACGCGUCUGGAUGAUCGUGUGUAUGCCAUGGACUGCAUGAAGACCAUGCCGCUGGAUCAGCUGAUGAAGUUUGUAUAUCCGGAGCUGUACAAGAUUGAUGUGCUCAUCUACCAUGCCCGCAACUCCAAUGCGAGCACGACUGAAGAAGACGACGAGGAGGAUCCGCUACCGGAAGUGCCACGCCUGCAAUUAUCUGCGGAGCACCUGGACUCUCGUUCCAUAUUCCUGAUGGAUUGUGGCCAACUGAUAAUGCUCUAUGUCGGCCUCAAUGUGCCACCCGAUGUCCUGGAGGCAGUGCUGGGCAUCAGCUCAACUGCGGAUCUGGGCGACUACGUGUAUGGAUUGCCUCAUAUUGUGAGUGCCGAGUACGAUAUACUGCAGCGCUUUUUGUUGCGCCUCAACUACGACAAACCCUAUUCGGCGCUGGUACAGAUAAUCAGAGACACGAGCACGGCCAAGGGUCAGUUUAUUGAGAGAUUAACCGACGAUCGCAGUGAAUCGAGUUUAUCGUACUAUGAAUUCUUGCAACACAUUCGGGCUCAGGUUAAAUAGUAUAUAAGCAGAGAAUCCUACUAUAAUUGCAUACAGCGAGUCUACGACUCUGGUGUCUAAUGGCAGGAAAUACGAGUGGAGAACAUUAUAUGGGAUAUAGGCAGACGAGAUGCAAUUACAAGGACCAGUUGUCUGAUCCACUACCCUCACAUCCUCACCCUCCCCUCAAUCGCGUAACUUUUAAGUGCAUGUAUUUAUUUAUUUGUUGAUUUACUGCACUAAAAUCACUCAAAAAAUUGCAACAGAAAAGAUAAAAGGUAAAAGAGAGUUAUGUGUAUCUUGUCACAAUUGAAACUAGAUCGAACACAAGUCAGGCUAACCAGUCAGUAGACCCUCCCGCAAGCGGACAUGCAAUGUUAUUUAUUAUAUUAUAUAUUAUAUUAUAUUAUAUGUAUAUGUUAUACAAUAAACAGAAUCCACACACA